CGCCUCCUUCCAGAACGUCAUGCCAACACUGGAAUGGGAUAAUAUGGGAGUGAAAGCUAAAAGAUAACGACUUUAUAACAUUUGUGCUUGAUCUCUACAUAACGUCCAGUGCGUCCCAUCGGGUCAUCCACCGUAGUAAUAAUUCCGUGGCGUCUUUUUUCUGGGAAGAAAGUCAUUUUCAAGAGAACAUUGUUCGACGACUGCUCACCAGGUGUGCCAACGGUGAAAUUUCCAACGUAAAUCUCACUGUAGUAAUCGUACAACUUCUGCGACUUCUUCUUGAGUAUUUGAGCACGGCGAUGAUGUGGUUCGCUCAGGUAUUUGUGAUAGAUGGUGCUGUUGCAGUAUGGCGCGAGAUUGAGGACAGCGUGUUAAAUGCGUUGACCAAUAGUAUGCGAGGAGGUGAUGACAAACAGUUCGCUACUGGGAAUGAAGAAUGUGAUGCUGCUCAAGAUUCAAACCAAACCUAA